AACACCCAAGACAGAGACCGAGGUUAGUUCGCCGGGUGAGAAUACCCCGACGUUUAGUAAAGCUCGGGCAUCCGUCGUGAGUGGAACGUCGGAUCGUCCUCCUACCCCGAGACUCCCCUGGUAGUCCGUUCCAGCUAAGAGGAAGCCACUGAAAAACCCUCAAACAGCAGCAGAGACGAUGAGACGAAGGAUGCUCUCGUCACCCUCAGCGCCGUCCCUCUCUGUCCUCCUCGUCGCGUGUCUCCUGCCGGUGGAGAUCGUGGCCUUCUCUCGGGUCGAACUCGUCAACAACGGAUACGAGAACCUGGUGAUCGGCAUCUCUCCGAGUCUGCCCGAGAGUGAGGGGGCCACUCUCAUACCCGUCAUCAAGGAAAUGAUCAAGAACGCCUCCGAGGUUCUCUUUACCGCCACCCGCCGCAGGGCCUUCUUCAGGGACGUGCGCAUCGUGAUUCCGAAGUCGUGGUCGAACACGGAUACGGAUGAUGUUGCUGUUUUCGAGUCUUUUACGGAGAGCGACCUCCGUAUAGACAACCCGAACCCCGUUUACGAGAACCAGCCCUACACGAGACAACCAGGAGAGUGUAGAGACCCGGGGGAUUUCAUCCAUAUGACACCAGCUUACUUGAAGGAGGAAAUAUUUUCUUAUUACUACGGACCGCCAGCCAAGGUGCUCGUGAUGGAGUGGGCAAGACUGCGAUGGGGAGUUUACGACGAAAUCGGGUACAGCGGCGAUCCCAAGUAUCCCAUCUUCUUUUCGCUGCCGAGAGAGGAAGCCAGCGGCCGCACCGACGUCCGGAGCCAGGUUGAAUAUCAAGUGAACGUGUGCACGGAGUGA